AUCUAUUGGCCAUUUGUAGUCUUCAUUGGAGAAAUGCUUGUUUAGAUCUGCCCAUUUUUGGAUUGGAUCUGUGUAUAAGUCUCUUAAUGCAGCCCUGGAGGCUGGGUUCCGGGGUAGUUUAGAAGAUAAUUUCUAACUUUGUGCAGGUGCUUCAGAUCUUGAAGCUAAGACCAGAGCCCCCAGGAAAGGUAAUUUCUCCCCAAAGAACUUCCCCCAACUGGCCAGCUCCACCUGUAGCUCCUCCACCUAAGGUUCUUGUUUCUCCCCACUCAGCCCCAGCUCCAUGACUCACGUCCAAGAGGAGAAUCAGGGUAAUUGGAGAGGAUGGAGGUCCUGGCGGGAGAUGGGGCAAGGGGCCUGGGCGGGAGGGGCUCUGGGCUUCGGGAGGAGGAGGUGUGAACACUUCUCUGUCUCUGUGAGCCCAGGCACCUCCCUGGCCCUCGCUGGGUCUCAGGCUCCCCACCUAAGGGUGAGAGGGGUGUGCAGGGCUGCAGGAGUUCAAGAAUCUUCGCAUGAGACAGAAUCUUAUCCUCCAGACACUGCCACAAGAGAGUCCCUGACUGAGGAGGACAAGCAGGUGGAGAAUCGGGGCAGAAACCUAACUGAAGAGGGACAAGAGCGGAGGCAAGGAGAGGAGUUCCACCCGCUCACGAUCUCCCCGCCGCAGAGCCCUGGUGGUGGAGAUCCCCAGGGAAGGACGUACGCCCAGGCUGCUGUGUCUGAAGCCCCCCAGGAUGUGACCUACGCCCAGCUGACCCACUCGACCCUCAGACGGGAGACGACCGCACCCCCUCCCUCCCAGGCGGGGGAGCCCCCCGCAGAGCCCAGCGUGUACGCCACACUCGCCAUCCACUAGCCCAGGACAGGACGCAGACUCCCCACUCCCAGGAGGGAGACCGCAGGGACCCCGGGAGGCAGGGGGCUGCCCCAUGGACACACAUCUAAUGCCCUGAGCCCAGGGAUCUUUCAUAAGCAAGCAGGAUACCCUGGGGCUUUAGAAGUCACCCUGUGCUGAAAACCAAGAUAAACAUUAACGCUAUAUUUUUAGAAACAAAGCAAUACACUUCUAAAUAACCAAUAGGUGAGAGA